AUGACCGUAAAGAUACCGUCAGUAGCAGACCACCAGUUAAGCAAAGGUUACCAAACUCCAGAAGAGUGGCUUGUAAGACUCGAUCCGGAAUGGGUUCGCAUCUGGAACGCAUAUGGAGGGCACCACCGUCAAGCCGAAGAAGUACCAAUUGAAAAAGUGCGCCGGAAGCCACUCGCAUAUAGCUUUACAUAUCCAACAUGGUCAGAGUUUGAUAUACCCGUUAGCCGACCUGCUGGUCAUAUCAAAGUGCGCGUGUAUACGCCAGAAGGACAGGGUACUUUUCCUGUACAUGUUAACUAUCAUGGAGGCGGAUGGAUUCUGGGUGGUCUUAAUAGCGAAGCAGCCUGGUGUAGAAGUGUCUGUAAUAACACUGGCAUCGUCAUUGUCGACGUUGAUUACCGCCUCGCCCCAGAAUUCGUUUUCCCUACAGCCAUCUAUGACUCAUGGGAUGCACUCCAAUGGGUUCUAUCUCAUGCUGAGGAUUUGAAUAUCGAUGCCACUAGUGUUUCGAUCGGCGGUCUCUCGGCAGGUGGUCACAUGUCGGCAGUUCUUUCGCACAUGGCGCGCGAUGCGGGACUAGAACUCAAACUAGCAUUGCUAGUUGUGCCUUCGACUGACUUCAGAUGGCUCAUUGCUGAACAACCCUUGCGUUCAGUGAUUGCCAAGCGUUAUCCCAGUACAGCGCAAUACAAAGAUGCACCUUGGGGAGGCCUGAAAAGAGAGCAGUGGUUCUUGAAUUACUGGAUUCCGACCGAUAUCAGAAGAGCUGCAUGUGAUGACUGGAUGGCUUCACCGAUCCUGGCCCAGUCCUUUGAAAGACUGCCGCCAACGCAUAUCAUAACUGCUGAGUUUGAUAUAUGUAGAGAUGAAGCGCAUCAAUAUGGUGAGCUGCUGGCAGACAGUGGAAAUCUUGUAACCCAGAAGUGUUACCGAGGAAUGCCGCACGCGUUUGGGCACUAUAUUCAUCCUAAAAAGGGUCUAAGCAAAGGGCAUGAGUAUGUGCACGAUACCUCAAAACUAUUGCAACAGGCACAUGGACUAUGA